AUGCACGACCCAAUCAAAUUCGACGAGGGAAUAAGACAAGUUCUCCGGUUUGAUCAUGAGCUUUCUUUCUCAUUUCGACAUUUCUUUUUCUUCUUCUCUCGCAAAUGGCGACAAGGCGAAAAGGCGAGCGAUUUGUGUUCCGGAUCUUACUGUCGUCUCCUCUGUCUAGUUCCGGCCAUUGAAUCACCCAGUCGACCGAUCUCCUCGUCUCCUCGUCUCCUUGUUUCGUCGUGUCCACCGAUUCUCGUCGUAUCCUCUCUCUCCUCUGUCCCCCGAAGUCAAGAGAUCUCCUCUGUGUCGCCAAGCUUAAGAACUCGUCGUCUUCUCUGUCUCCUCUGUCUCGUCGGGUUAAUAAACAAGGCGCAGUUGGCAAAGCUCCCGAAGAAUCUUUUGGCGAAAGCUUCUCUGACUAAGGCCACUGGACAAGCGUUGGCGCAGCUUCCUCAAGUGAUUUCAUCUCUGGACGCUCAUAUAGAAAGUGGAUUGCACAGCGGUGUUCAUUUGAACACAGUAACUCAGUUAUUUGAAAACAUGGAAAGCACACAGCUUCGUGCUCUUCGACAAUCUAAUAUUUCCCCUGUGACAGAUGACAAGUAGUGAUCUCCAAGAUAGGCACAUACGGCGUCUCCUACUUCGUUGUUCAUUCAUCUUCAAACGAUCACACUUCCCUACUUCGUUUCCACAACAGAGAGAAAUUUGUGGUGGUGACUUAAUUUUCGAUUUUCCUGGCGGUUCUGAUUCCAUAAUAGCUCUGGUUGUUAGCUAGAUUGCGACUUUUGAUAUCAGCUUUAAUCAGAUUCUCUUAUAACCCAGACUGAAAUCUCCAAUGUUCUUUGUUAUAAUUGGGGUUUCCUGGCGGUUUUUUUUUGUAUUAUUAAAUUAGAAAAUUUGUUUUUAUUUAUUUAUUUAUAUUUCCAUUUUUGAAGUA